CGCGGCGGUGGUCGGUGGGACUGCGCCUUAACUAACAUAUUCUUGUCCUUGAUUGUCGCGUUGUUUGUAACUAUGAUUUGAUUUAGUUGAUGUUAGAAGUGUUUUUGUGUAAACAUUUGCUUGGAAUUUGGGAAUCAUGGAGGCCACGAACCUGACUCUGUCCCCGCGCGAGGGCAUCAAGUCCCGCGCCGAGCACAAGACGCUGCAGCUCACCAGCAAACCUAACCAGGUUGGCACAGUCCUCUUAUACGGCGUGCCGAUAGUCUCCCUCGUGAUCGAGGGCAGCGAGCGGCUGUGCCUGGCGCAGAUCUCCAACACGCUGCUGAAGCAGUUCUCGUACAACGAGAUCCACAACAGGCGCGUGGCGCUGGGCAUCACCUGCGUGCAGUGUACUCCGGUGCAGCUCGAGAUCCUGCGCCGCGCCGGCGCCAUGCCCGUGUCGUCGCGCCGCUGCGGCAUGAUAACCCGUCGCGAGGCGGAGCGGCUGUGCAAGUCGUUCCUGGGCGACAACGCGCCGCCGCGGCUGCCCGACGACUUCGCCUUCGCCGUGCACCACGAGUGCGCGUGGGGCUGCCGCGGCGCCUUCCUGCCCGCUAGAUACAACUCAUCGCGCGCGAAGUGCAUAAAGUGCGCGUACUGCGGCCUCUUCUUCUCUCCCAACAAGUUCAUAUUCCACUCGCACCGCGUCGGGCCGGGCGACAAGUACAUCCAGCCUGAUGCCGCCAACUUCAACUCCUGGCGGCGCCACAUGAAGCUCAGUGGGACGCCCCCGGACGAGGUGGUUCAUGCCUGGGAGGACGUAAAGGCCAUGUUCAAUGGAGGGACUAGGAAGAGGAUGCUGUCUGCUGCCAGAAGGCUCCCCCCCCGCAGGCCAGCGGAGGCGGGCGAGGGGGAGGGGGCGCGCGCGGGGAGCCCCCCCGCCGCGCACGCGCCGCCCCCCCGGCUCGCUGACUACGUGUGGGGGGCGCGGUUGCCGCUCCCGUAUGCGCUGCCGUGGCUGAAGCCCACGCUUUGGAGUCCUGGGGCGCUAACAGCACUAAGCAGUGUCGGCUCAAUCGAAGAGCCACGCGCCUUCCGCCCCGUGCGGCGCCUGGAGUCGCCCCCGUCCCCGCUGUCGCCCCCGCGCUCCACCCCGCCCCGCUCCCCGCUCCGCUCGCCGCUCCGCUCAUCACCCCGCUCGUCGCCUCGCCCGGCGUCGGCUAGGAGCCACAAGAGCGACAGAGACAGUGACGAGAGCGUUGACGUGGAGACCACGGAGGAAGAGGCGCCGGCUAGAGAUAUGUCGUGCCCCUGGCCGUGCCGCACGGCCGCGGCGCGCAAAGAGUGCUGGGGCUCGCUGGUGCCCAAGCUGGAGCGCGAGGACGAGCCGCUGGAGCCCUGGCGCCUGCCCGACCUGCGCCCGCCAGCGCACUACCUGCAUGACCCUGAGCGAGACAGCUGCGUGGCUUGCGUGGCGCCACUGCCGCUGGCCCCGCCCCCCGCGCCCGCGCCGCACUAGUGCAGCAGCGAUCAGCAGUUGCAGCACUAAGAUAUAGCUUUCCAAUAGUUGAGAAUGUUUAAUUAUUUAUUAGGUACUGUAACAGCUCAGCCGUUAGAUAAAUUCCA